UGGUCGGGUGCCGGGCGUGUGUGAGAGGACCACGGUUCGGUGAAUUGCGCCGUAGAAGAUAUUUUCUUAAAUCCCGUCAUAUACUUAUUCCGAGGGGGCAGCAGGUCGUGACCCGUGCGCCGCCGCCGACGCCGCCACCACCGCCGCCAUGCCGAAGUACUUCUGCGACUACUGCGACACCUACCUGACGCACGACUCGCCGUCGGUACGCAAGACCCACUGCUCGGGCCGCAAGCACAAGGAGAAUGUCAAGAUCUACUACCAGAAGUGGAUGGAGGAGCAGGCGCAGUCGCUGAUCGACGCCACCACGGCCGCCUUCAAGGCCGGCAAGAUCACCAACAACCCGUUCGCCACGGGCAAGAGCGGCGGUCGGGAGGCGGCCGGCGCGGCCAUCCCGCCGCCGGCGAGCAUGCAGGGCGCGCCGAGCCGGCCGCCGCUGGGGCCCGGCCAGCCCUCGCUGGGCCCGCGCGGCCCUCUCAUGGGCCCCUACAUGGGCCCGCCCAUGAUGGGCCCCGGCAUGCCGAUGGGUGGGCCGCACAUGAUGGGCCACGGCAUGCGGCCGCCCAUGGGCCCCAUGGGCGGCCCCAUGAUGAUCAUGGGCGGGCGGCCGCCGAUGAUGAUGGGCGGGCCGCCCAUGCAGAACUAGCCGCGGGCGGAGGCGCGCACACCACCGCCGCCGCCCGGGAGGUGCGUCCGCAGCCGCGCCGAUCCGUGUCCCGCGCUCUCAGCGAGCGUGAUGUGCUCGUGGGCAUGACUGUCCUGCGCUCUCGGCGAGCGUGGCGCGCUCGUGGGCGUGACUGCGCGGUUCUCCUGUUCUUUGAUAGGAUGAUUGUAUCCGUCGUUAGCGGGGAG